AUGCGCAAAGGUUGCCUCUGGGCCUGGGGCGGUCUGGAGCAGUAUAAAAGCCAGUCAACAGCAGGCUUCCUCAUCCACUCCUCCUGCCUUCUCCUCCUUGGUGAACAGGUGCACCUCCGUCCCACAGCCAUGUCCUGCUACGAUCUGUGCCGUCCCUGUGGCCCAACCCCGCUUGCCAACAGCUGCAACGAGCCCUGCGUCAGGCAGUGCCAGGACUCCCGGGUGGUGAUCCAGCCCUCUCCCGUGGUGGUGACCCUGCCCGGACCCAUCCUCAGCUCCUUCCCCCAGAACACCGCUGUGGGAUCCACCACCUCCGCUGCUGUUGGCAGCAUCCUGAGUGAGGAGGGAGUGCCCAUCUCUUCCGGGGGCUUUGGCCUCUCUGGCCUUGGUGGCCGCUACUACGGCAGAAGGUGCCUGCCCUGCUAA